UGAAGUUGUUCAACCACAGUGAACGCGGUGGUCACCGGCCAAAGUGCUGCCGGAGAGCCCGCAAGUCACGGCCGCGAUUGUGUGCUGAAGCGCCAUGGUCUUGCAGCAUUGGGCUGAGGCGGCUGGAACUGCAGACCUGGCGUCGCCCCUGACGGCCCGGCCUGGCACUGUGAAGAGCUUUCCCACAACCUUCGAUUCCUUGGACGACCUCUGGCAGUUGGAGAAGAAGCUCUUGGAGCCUCCCCAGGAGUCAGUCUCGGAGGAGGCGGACGCUCGAAGCCAGGCCACAGCCAAUGAGACCUUGCCUCGCAUCGAGGGUGACACCUUUUCCCUGGAGGAGGAGCCGGCCAGAGGUCAAGCUGUCAACAUGGUGAGGUCUUGUCUUCAAAGUUCUUUGGCGCUCAAACAGGCGCUGCAAGACGAGUCCAUCGACCCCUACGAGAUGAAAGGCAUCCUGAGGAACUUGGGCCGUUGCUCCGAUGGAGGUGUCCGGGUGUUUGGCCUGCGGCGGGCAUUGGCCGGAGUGGGUCGUCCAUGGCCGAAAGAGAAGGAAGGCGCAUUCACAUGUUCCAGAACCUUCCAACAGGUGGCUUUUGGGAUGUUUCUUGGACACCCUUAACCUCUAAGAGGCUAUUUAUUCACCCCUUGGUGGAGGGUUCAGAAUUCCUAGGGUGUUGUCCAGUAAACCAGUAUAGCUUUCUCUGUAAAAAGAGAAUAUCGCGAUGUGCUCAAAUGUCCGCCUGCAACCGA